AUGGAAGGAGAAUACAAAGGAGAAGAAAAUAUUACAUUAUCAGUUCCCUGCAAUUACAUAUACUUUCCGACUUAUUUCCAAAAUUUGAUUAUACCGAUACCACAAAUUUCAUCUCCAGCCUUGGAGGAGAAUAAAAAGAAAUAUCAAAGGACUUGGGACAAAAGACACAUAGAAUUUCUCUACCAGCUCUCCUAUGAAUUUUCUCGUAACUUUCAUAAACCUAUUGAAGACCUAAAAGAGACAGAUCUAUAUCAGAUCGCAGCUCAGCUCAAUCGCUCUCCAUCCCAGUGCUUGAAUAAAUUAAGGGAAAUUAUUGCGACCGGUACACUGAGGCCUGGGACUUGGUCUGACCCAGAAGAUGCGAUCAUAAAUGAAUGUGUAAAGAAAAAUAAAAAAUGGGGUUUUACCGCUAAGGAAAUCAAUUUAAGAGUACACAAAGGGAUGAAGGUGAGGACUGGUAAGCAGUGUAAAGAAAGAUGGAAUAAUCACCUUGAUCCUAAUGUAAAUAAAGGUCCAUGGAGCAAUGAAGAAGACUUAAAAUUGCUGGAACUGUAUAAAGCUUUUGGGAAUAAGUGGAGCAAGAUCUCACAAGCAUUGAAAACAAGGACUGAAAAUAGUAUCAAAAAUAGGCUGAAAAGCUUAAUAAAUGUAAAGAAACAAGAAUUAGCUAGCCUCGAAGGCUCCAACAUAACAAUCGAAGAACUCAUUGCAGAUAGGAAAAUCCAAGAUUCAAUGGAGAAAAUCUCAAGCAAUUUUGCUAACUCCCCUCCGUCUAACGGUAGUGAGUUUAUUUAGUCGCGCUUAAAGAGGAUUAAAAAAUUUAUGCUGGAAAUUGUAUAAUUUUUUUUUCUUCUCAAAUUAAAUAGAACCCAGGAAAACAAUUGAAUUUUUUCGAUGUUGAGCUAUCUAAAAUUAAUAAAAGGCAUUUUAUUAUUGACUAUAUAAAAAUAUCCUUUAGUAGAGUUUCUUAAAAAAUAUAAUUUUUCUAAUGCAAUGCUCACUUAAGAGGAUUAAAGAUAUUCAAGACUAG